UACACAAAUCAUGGUGAUACGGUAAUCAGUAGCGAGAGAAGGGAAGGGAAGGAUUUGCAGGGAUCAAUUGAAGGCAGAGUCGCUCACCUCUUUCCAUCUCGCCAUCUCUGUUUGAUUCGCCGAUCUCUUUUCUUCAAUGGGUUUGUGGGAAGCUUUCCUCAAUUGGCUCAGGAGCCUCUUUUUCAAGCAAGAAAUGGAAUUAUCCUUGAUUGGACUUCAGAAUGCUGGGAAAACCUCACUUGUGAAUGUUGUUGCAACCGGUGGAUAUAGUGAAGAUAUGAUUCCUACGGUAGGAUUCAAUAUGAGGAAAGUAACCAAAGGAAACGUUACAAUAAAGUUGUGGGAUCUUGGUGGUCAACCCAGGUUUCGCAGCAUGUGGGAGCGAUACUGUCGUGCUGUUUCUGCUAUUGUCUAUGUGGUUGAUGCUGCUGAUCAUGAAAACUUGAGUACCUCAAAGAGUGAGCUUCAUGAUUUGCUGAGCAAACCUUCGCUUAGUGGUAUUCCCUUGCUAGUGUUAGGUAACAAGAUUGACAAGCCAGGAGCUCUGUCUAAAGAGGCUUUGACUGAGGCAAUGGGACUCAAGUCAAUUACAGACAGAGAAGUUUGCUGCUUUAUGAUCUCAUGCAAGAACUCUACCAAUAUCGAUUCAGUUAUUGAUUGGCUUGUGAAGCAUUCGAAAUCAAAGAGCUGAGAUGCUUGUUGUCUUGUGACUGUACUUCUGUGUCAUAAUAUCUUGUUUAACUUGGGUGCUGCUUUACAUACUUCUUUGCUUGGAGAGUGACUUUACAAUAGGUAAUUCUGUUUCUCAGUGGUAAGGUGAGGUUUUUCGUGAUGUUAACAUUUCAUAUAUGAUGCUGCUGCUUUUUUU